CUCAUUACACAGUCGUCUUUUGCAGUGCUGCUCUGGACCUUGUUUGCUCGUCAUUAAGAAAAUCUAAAGCGCCACCUCCUCCAUCUGAAACAAAACCCAUUGCUGUUUCUCCAUUUGAUGACACAGAAUCAGCAAACCUCAUCAUGGAACAGAAAGAGAAUGUAAUCGAUAAAGAUAUUGAACUAUCAGUGGUCCUGCCAGGAGAUGUGAUCAAGUAUACUACAGUUAACGGGAGGAAGCCCACGAUGGACUUGCUGAUUUUUCUCUGUGCACAGUAUCAUUUAAAUCCAUCAAGUUAUACUAUAGAGUUGGUAUCAGCAGAAAAUAGCCAGAUUAAAUUCAAACCCAACACACCAGUGGGAAUGCUUGAAGUGGAAAAGGUGAUUGUAAAGCCAAAACAAAUGGAUAAGAAGAAACCUGCUCCGAUCAUACCAGAGCAAACAGUAAGGGUAGUGAUAAACUACAAGAAGACACAGAAGACGGUAGUAAGAGUUAGUCCACAUUCACCCCUUCAAGAACUCAUACCAAUUAUCUGUAGUAAAUGUGAGUUUGAUCCUUCGCAUACUCUGCUGUUGAAGAAUUACCAAUCUCAAGAACCCCUUGAUGUGACAAAAUCUCUUAAUGACCUUGGACUAAGAGAAUUAUACGCCAUGGAUAUCAGUCGAGCCACAUCACCAGUUGAUUUAAAUUUACCAUCUUUGCAAGACACCUACCAAUCUGAAAACUUAGAUGUUCUGAAGGAGAAAGAAAACAAAGGAUUUUUCAGCUUUUUUCAACGAAGCAAGAAGAAAAGAGAACAAACUGCCAGUGCCCCAGCAACUCCCUUGAUGAGCAAGCCAAGGCCAACAUUUAUCAUGAGAUCUAACACUGUUAGCAAGCAGUAUGAUUCGAACACUCUGCCAUCUGAAAUGCCGAAGAAACGAAGAGCUCCUUUACCGCCUAUGCCAAAUUCUCAGAGUGCUCCCCAGGAACUUGCACAAGCCCAAGUCAGACCAGCGUCUAACAUUGUGAAAUCUAACAGCCUUGAUAGGAAUGAUCAGGCCCCUCCGGGGUUAGUACGGAAAGGUUCUCUGCCACUUAGUGACACAGUUUCCAUGAACUCGUCUCUACGGAGGAUGAAGCGCAAAGCACCCUCACCACCCUCUAGAGCACCAGAAGAUCAAAGUGAAAGCAGUAAUGAGACUGUAACAGAGUCAACAGAAUCAGCCCCUAUUAAAGUGGAAGAAGGAGCCACCAAAAUGCAGUCUGAAACAGGUGUAAAGAGCUCAGAAUACAACCUGGAAGAAAUUGAUGAAAGGGAAGAGAUGAGUGUGCAACAGAGAGAGGACAGCGAAAGUACAAACCCCUCUCUUGGGAUAGGAGAGGUUACUGCAGCCUUCAGCUCUGCUGAGGUACCACUGAAAACUGAAAAAAAUGAUCCUGCUUCAUCAGCUCCAGUUCCUGGCAGUGCUUAUGUAGACAACUCGCAAAGCUUCAAGGAAGAAAAACAAGAAAAUAUGAGCACAGAUGGCAAAGGACUACAGACUAAGAUAAGCAGUGAGCAAGCUGCAUUUGAAAAAGACAGGAAGCUUAGAAUUUUGGAUCAAAAUAAAACGGAUGUUAAAGAUCACAGUGAUACAAAACUCCUUCCAACAACAGAAGAAGGGAAAGAACUUCAGACAGCCGAAAUUAAAACAGUAGAUUUUAGAGAAAAUAAGCUUGAAGUUGACAGACUAUCAAACUGCCAGGCAUGUAAAAAUGACAUCUCUGUAAGUCACAGGAAUUAUCCUCAACUGAUUCCAGAAAAGCAAGAUCAGAAAACAGAUCAAACCAGCUUGGACACAGUAAAAACUCAGGAUGUUGCAAUCCAGACAGGUCCAUUGGAUAACAAUUUGGGAAGGACUACACAGAAAGAAAUCAUUGUUCCUCAGACUUGUGAAUCAUCCACGUUCAGAGGACUGGUCCCUCCACACAACACAGAUACAAACAACCCCCUUCUUCAGGUGAUGCAUGGAAUGCAAGAGGAUGAAGAUAAUUUAGCAAAACAAAAUCUUGAGAGACAAGAAGUUACCCAUGAAAAAGUAAUUCCCAUUAAAGAUCAGAGUCACGUUUGUAUAAGUGGCAGUAAUUUUGCUUCACCAGAAACAACUGAAAAAACUGCAGAUGACUCUCCUGUAAAAGGUCACCCUCUUUAUAGACAGGACACCAAACCUAAACCCAAGCCCGCUAAUGAAAUUACAAGGGAUUACAUACCAAAAAUUGGAAUGACUACUUAUAAAAUAGUGCCUCCAAAAUCCUUAGAAAUAAUGAAGAUUUGGGAAUCGGAAAUUCCAUCAGAUCAUAAGGAUCAAGAGAGAUCUACUUUGGAAAAUUCUCUGAAGCAUGAAGACCCCAAAGAAUUCAUAGUGCAAGCUGAAAUUCCUCACUUUCCCAAAGGUGUGGGUCAUUUACAGGUUGGUUCACAAAAUGAACCUGCAGCAGCAAAUGAUCUGGUCCACAGAGUGAAUAGCAUUUCUGAAUGUGUUAUGGCGUCUGGAGGUGAGGUUGCUACUGAGAGGAAUCAGAUGGAAACAGAGUCUUCCAAACAGCAUGUCCCACUGAGGCUAAGUGUGGAUAAUACAAAUUCUUCUUGUGAGACUCAGGACAAGUCAAAUGCAUUAAGUCCUACAAUGAAGCCUAGUUCUUUUUAUCUGCAGAUGCAACGAAGAGCUUCAGGUCAUUAUGUGACAUCUGCAAUUGCCAGAAGUACCGUGUGUGCUCCUAAUUCCAUUCAAAAUGAAGCUAAGAAUACAGAGAUGGGAAAAAAAAUCUCAUCACCUGAUCCAACUUCUUUGUCUUUACAUAAAACAAGUACUUCCUCUCCUCCAGCAGAUGAAGAAAAAGUUGAUGAUGGAAAAAAAAUUGAAUCCUUCACUUCCCCUGUUAAAAGCAAUAAACCUUCAAGUUUUCCCUCCUGUCCUCCAGCACCAUUGAACCUAAGAACUCUAAGAACUUUUGCAGUUCCAAAGCCGUACUCCAGUUCGAGACCAUCCCCUUUUGCUCUUGCUGUCUCAUCUGCAGUCAAAAGGUCACAGUCUUUCAAUAAGUCACGUACAAUCACUAGCCAGGCACCAAGAGAGGAAUUUCCCGUUGAACUUUCCUCUCCCACUUCGGCAGCUGAGUUCUCCUCAGCUACCUCCGUGCCUCAAGUGAAAAACCCUUCCUUACAGACCAUAACAGGGGGGUCACAAAAUAGUCUAAUGGAUAAGAAAGACAGCAAUGUGAAUAGUGAGCAGAAGAGUCAGGGGCAGUCAGAUGCUUCCACUGACCACCCACCCCCUGUCACUAAGAGACAAACCGCAAUGACGUUCCAGCGCUCUGACCCAGAACAGAUCCACCAGAGCUUGCUGGCUGCAAUCCGCUCUGGAGAAGCUGCUGCCAAAUUGAAAAGGGUUGGUCCUCCAUCAAACACCAUAUCUGUCAAUGGAAGAGCCAGGCUUACUCAUUUGCAUUCCACAGAGGCAAAAGCUAAUCACUAGAUAUUAUACCAAAUAUUUUGCACUUUACUACUGCUUCACAGGCCAACUUAAUACUAACUACAAUUUUUGAAAGUGUAAAUGCAAGUAUAUGUUAAUAUAUUUUUGUCAAUUGUUGUAGGAAUUUCAAGCUGUGUCCUUUUAUGCCUUGGAAAGAUUAUUAGAAUAUGUAAAUUAUUAUAAUAUUUUGCCUUUUUCUCUUUAUACAGCUGACUAUGCUGCUAAAAAGGUUUAAGAGAAGGUGCAGAUGAGCUUUGCUUAUAUUAAAAUGAGAAUCAAAAAUUCUUGAUUUUAGCCUUCAAGACUGAACAAUAUGUAGCACUGUGCUGAAAUUAGAGAUUUAAAGCAAUCUAAGAAUUUUAAAUCAUUAAUUUUCAGUUGUGUAUUACUUUAACAAACAGAUUGUAUGAAUUUAAAUCUACCACAUGCUGCCUCCAUAUUACUUUGUUAAAUUAAAUUUAUAAUUAGUUGAAAAUCUUAAUUAUAUGCAAUGCUU